CCCCCAUCUACAGACGACAUGAGCUUCCAAAACGGCUACGGCGGCGGUGGAGGCGGAUACGGCGGUGGCGGUGGCGGCUACGGUGGUGGCUACGGAGGGGGCGGAGGUGGCUACGGCGGAGGAGGCGGUGGUUACGGCGGUGGUUACGGCGGUGGAUACGGUGGUGGUGGUGGCCGUGGACGACGCAAUGACCGUGGGCGAGGACCACGCGGCGGUGGCGGCCCUGCACGCUCAGCGCCCGAGACGACCGCGGUGCGAUUGCGCAAGAUGGUGCUCAAGCUCGGCGACGACGAGGACUACGACGCUGUCGAGGACCCGCCCCGCCUUGCAAAGGUGCUCCGCCGGCAGUGGCGCGAGGGCUCGCAGGGCGUGCUCGACGGAUUCCGCUAUGGAAUCACAGAGCAGCCGUACAAGCACCACCACUACGUCUCGCUCCUCCUCCAGCUGGGCUACCGCGACCCCGAGGACGAGGAGGCGCCUGCGGAUGACGCGCAGGUCGGCGAGAAGCGCAAGGCCGACGACAGCGAGCCGCAGUUUGCCCGCGAGGUGCUCGAGGACAUUGGCAAGAGCUUCCGUGCCGCCGUCGAGGGGCGCGAGUGGCUCUCAGCCCGUCUUCUGCUACAGUUCCUCUCGCUCCUCGUCGCGCCGGGCCUCGUCAACCCCACCUCCCUGAUCGACGUGUACAAGGGUCUCCUGUCCGUCCUCAACGAGGUCGGCGGCGGCGGCGACCGCUCCGAGCGUGCUGUCCGCGCCGUCGGCGAGGGCCUCAUCCGCUCCGCGUCGUCGCUGUACCCCGCGUACCCCGAGGAAGUCGAGGCGCUCAUCAGCAGCAUCGAGGGCUUCAUCCUCGCCCGUCCCGGAUCGCGCGACCUCGCCAACCCCCUCUCGCCGAUCCUCCCUGUUGGCGAGGUGGCCGAGCCGUACGCCGACACUCUCGCCGAGCUCCUCACGGUGCUGCAUGCGCUCCGCGACUCGGACUACAACCCGCCCGAGAUCCUCCUCCGUCCGUACGAGGCCCUCCCGGCCCCCGACAGCGACCCCUUCCUCCUCACCGCCGUCUACAUGCCCCCAGAGAUGUACGACGUCGAUGAGCAGAACCCCCAGGCUGGCGAGGGCCAGACAGGUGGUCUCCGUCUCUUUGCCGAUGAUGUGGUGCCCAGCCCUGACAGCGUCACUGGCUGGACCCUCCGCAGCCUCAUCCUCGACAUGGUCUCCAUCUUCGAGGUCAACCGCAAGGAGUGCGCCCGCCUCCUUCUUGCCCUGCCGCGAUUCCUUCCCCCUGGCACCUUCAAGUCUGAGGACUCGGAGUCGACCUACUCGCUCGAGUCGUCGAUCGUCGGCACCGUCCUCGCCUCGUACUUUGCCCUCCCCAAGGCGCCUCACAAACCCAUCUACUUCUACUCGGCCAUCACCGAGCUGUGCAAGCUGAGCCCAAGCACGGUCGCCCCGCCCGUCGGCCGCGGUGUGCGCAAGCUCUUCACCCUGCUCGGCCAUGACGGCCUCGACGUUGAGAUUGCCAAGCGCGCGUCAGACUGGUUCGCUGUGCACCUCAGCAACUUCGGUUUCCAGUGGAUGUGGAAGGAGUGGAUCCCCGACCUCGAGCUCCCAGCCUCGCACCCACGACGCGCCUUCAUGCGCCGUGUCGUCGAGCUUGAGAUUCGCCUCGCGUACCACGACCGCAUCCUCCAGACUCUCCCCGACCCCAUGCUCCCUCCCGAGGCGGGUGUUGUCUCAGAGGAUGCCCCCGACGAGGUCUGGGUCUACGAGGACAAGGACAACGCCUUGCAUGUCGAGGCUGAGCACCUGCUCCGCCUCUUGAAACAAAAGGUUGCGCCCAACGAGGUCAAGGACUACCUCGACAGCAUCCCUGGCGCUCGGUUGGAAUCAGGAGACAUCUCUCCUAAGGUUCUCCUUAUGGCCGCCGAGACCAUCUUGCAUUUGGGUUCGCGCUCCUUCUCGCAUUUCCUCAACGCUACCGAGCGUUACCUCGACGUGUUGAGGCAUCUGAGCCCCGACUUUGCCUCCCGGCGCGUCCUCCUCGACGCCGUCCAGUCGUUCUGGCGCAACUCGAGCCAGCAGCGUCUGAUCACGGUCGACAAAUACCUCCAGUACGGCAUCCUCGAGCCCUUGGACGUUGUCGACUGGAUCUUCUCGGACGAGUCGACCAACAGCACCGACAAGGGUGACGGCUGGACGGAUGGCGACAAGUGGGAGAUGCUUCGCAUGACCCUGGACAAGGUCGUCGGCAGAGUUGUGGCUGUGCGCCGCCGCCUCCGUGCCGUUGACAAGGCCGAUGAGGUUGCCCGUGCUCGUCGUGCAGCCGAGCGCCUCGAGCGUGGCGAGGGCGUUGGAGACGACGAGGGAGACGAGGACGAGACGAUGUUGGAGCGCUCGCGCGAGUCGCGUGAUGCGCAGGCGUCCCUCGACCUCCAGACCAACCGCCUCGAGAAGGUGUUUGCGUCGGUGGUUAGGAGGUUCGCUGCCGAGCUCCUGCCAUGGGUGUACGCGCCUUCAUCCGACUCGUUGGGCCUCAAGGCCGUGCUCACGCUGCUCGACAGUGGUGAGACCGGCGCGUGGCACCUGCGCGCGCGCUGGGGCUGGUGGCGCGAGUUUGUGCGCCUCUACGCACCCCACCUCGAGCCACUGGCGGCCAACAUUGAGUCGUCGGUGUUCGCCUCGCUCCCCGCCCGCGAGAGCGGCGACGAGUCGCCCGAAGCAAGGGCCGAGGCCAUGGUGAAGCAGGUGUGGGUCGACGUGCUCGGCCGUGAGUAG